UGCCAUCAAACAUAAUUCCAAGUCAUGACAUUUAAUAAUUCAACAAUUCAUAAAUUAGGAAGAUCAAGAUCAUGUCAAACUCUAGUUUCUUGAGAGCUAUAAAUUAAAUCUUUUUAAUUGCCAAUCAAGUUGCCCUUCACUCACUCAUCAACAAACUGAAGCCAUCUUUGCCAUGCAUGUUCAUAUAUUACAGCACAGAUAGAUAGAUAGAUGGUUUCUUAUGAUGGGUUGGUGAUGACGAGCAUGAUGAAUAUGAUGAUGAGUUCUGCAACGGCUCAAUUUGGCCCGACGAUGAACGCAUUCUGCGACGAAAAUCUGCUCCACCAGAUGAACGGCGGCGGCGGCUGGGAGGAGACACUAAGGAGAUCAGGCGGUGGUGGUGGUGGCGGCGGCGGCGGUGGUACAGAUGAGGAGGUCAUCCAUGGGGAAAAUGCUUGCUUCCAGCAGCUUACACAGCUGCAGCCAAUGGCAGGGAUAGAUGACUAUAAGUCAGAGUAUACUUCGAGUGAUUCGGCUGCAGUUUCGGUGGCUUCAUGGGAUAAUCAAACACCACUUGGCAUUGCAGACAGGGUGAGAUGAUUAUGAUCAUGAUUUAUGAUGUCUUCUGUUGAAAUAUUAGAAUAAUAAUAUUGCUCAUUAAAUUAUGAAGUACAUG